GCGGCUGCAGAGGUCGAGCAAGACGACGGGCAGGUGUCGAUCCAGGACGCGAAUCCCGCCCAGCAGGAACCCUUCAUUCCGAUCAAAGCUACCUUUUAUAGUGGCUCAGAGGGGCCAAAAGCAUGCCGCGGUGGUGUCAUCGCCGUUAUAAACAUGCAAAAACCAUCACUUCCAGGAGCACCAACCACCCCCCAAUGCUACAACUUCCCGAGUCUUCAAUCGUCAGGUUGUGCAACAUUCCUGGCCAACAAGGCUGACGGCUGUGAGGCGAGCGUCUAUGCAGAGACAAACUGCCGGUCAUACAUGAACACAAUGGCAUUCAUGCCUGAGAAUCGGCCGGUCGGUGGAAACUGGCGCAGCGUCAAGGUGCAGUGCGGGCUACCUGAGCCAGAUAUGUCGACAUUGGGAAAGCCGCCGAUG